AUGGCCCAAGAUAAAAACGUGCGUCCUGAAGUUCCUAAAGGAUGGAAGGCAGUCUUUGACGAAGAAUACAAGACGUGGUUCUACGUUGAUCUGUCAAGCGGGAAAUCACAGUGGGACGAGCCGAAGGGAACUACCUGGCCGCAGAGGUCCCAACAGUCACCUCCCCCACCAUCGUACCAGCAGUCUGAAGGCUCGCGCAACAGCGCUAAUCCCAUGGGGCAGCAACAAUCCUUCAGCAGGAAUGCCGGAUAUCCCCAGCAAGGCUACCCACAACAGGGCUAUCCACAGCCAGGAUACCCACAACCCGGAUAUCCUCAACCCGGUUAUCCACAGGGUGGGUAUCCGCAAGCUGGAUACCCUCCUCAGCCACAGUUUUACCCGCAGCAACCAUACGCGCAGCAACCGCAGCAGGCCCACCAGAACAACAACGGACGCGGUAAGUAUGGCGGUGCACUCGCGGGUGGUGCAAUCGGUGCUGGUGCGGGGCUUCUAGCCGGCACAAUGCUUACGUCUGCGAUGAUGCCCCAUGAGACAAUCAUUUACGAAAACGGCGGGCCUGGUGACUAUGGAGGAGGAGGUUACGAUGGAGGGUACGACGGUGGAUACGAUGGUGGGUAUGACGGUGGAUUCGAUGGUGGUGGAUUCGACGGUGGGUUUUAA